AAUGUAGAGUAAACUACAUUUUUAUUCGGUAAUAUUUUAGAUUAUUCGAUAACGUAAUUAUAUAAUUUUCGUAUUUAUUGAUAUUUUAUUCAUAAAUAUAUAAUUAUUGUGAAAAUAUUUUCAUUGUCAAACUUUGAAACGAGUCGUGGGCAUACUACAAUGUCUCACUUCCAUCGAGCUUUACAUGGUUACUUAAAAAUAGCAAGAUGUUACCCGUAUGCGGUGCAAAUGAUAGAAGUUGGAUUAUUGAUGGCAGGAGGGGAUAUUAUCGCUCAACAGUUAAUCGAAAAAACUGAAAAACAUGAUUGGCUACGAACAAAACAAUUUGGUGCAGUUGGUGCUCUUUUUGUGGGACCUGGUACAACAAGUUGGUAUAAAAUAUUAGAAAAAAAAUUUGGUCAUGGUAUGGUAUGCGGCAAGCAUGACCCUCGUUUAACACGAAUCGUUGGUUUAAAAAAAAUGGUCGCCGAUCAAAUAUUAUUUGCACCAUUAUUUCUGGGUGCAUUUCUUCUAUUAAUUGGACGACUCAAAUGUAAAAAAUGGGAUCGAAAUGUGGAAGAUCUUAAAACACAAUAUCCGGCUGUUUUAACCUCCAAUUAUAUGAUUUGGCCGUUUGUGCAACUAGUAAAUUUUACGUUUGUGCCACUUCACAUGCAAGUAUUACUCGUGCAAACGGUUGCGUUAUUUUGGAACACAUACCUAUCGUGGCGUACAGCCAAAACGGGAGACGGUCAAGCCAAAUUAGAUAUUCCAGAUGAGGAAAAAAUCGAUUCAUACUGGUGUAGACCCAAAACAUCUACACCGAUAGAAGAAGCCGAACCAACUCCAUUACCGCCCAAAUGUAAGAAAAAGGAAGAACCUGAGCCACCAGUUGUACCUGAAACUCCACCGACUGAUGAAGGUAACUUUGAUGAGUGUAUACCAGAUGAGGAUAGUAAAAUUGUAAAACCUCCUCCUGGACCACCUCCGUUAACUCCCACCAACAUGAAUAAUAUGUUUUUCCUUAUUCAAGCAGCCAUGUUAUUAUCAAUAAUUUUCCUGACUUUGGGUGAUUAAAAUAUUACCCAAUAAAAGUUUGCAAAACGAAAUUUGGAAAACUAAACAAAAUUUCUGAUAAAAUAUUUCAAAAAUAUGAAUAACCGUUUGGGGGCGGGGGUGUAAGUGUAACUUUCAAAUAGUUCUUGGACUUUUUUCGAAAUUAUUUUCAUUAUUUUCUUGGCUG